UUUCAAAUGAAUUGAUGAAUAUUUUAAGUAUUUCGGGCCAACGGAAUCCUAAAAAGAGUAAAAUCCCAACACAUAGACAUGCUUUUUCGAAAACCGGAAAAGGAUCUAUUUUUUUCACCACCAAGUGAGUAGUCUCCUGAGUCCUGAGCGUAAACGAUCUUCGGCACAAUCAUGGCAGCGCGCAUGUGAAUGUCAUACCCAUUCUGACACAUGUCCUGAAUUAGUUAACGUGUGAGUGCUAUUGGGGAAUCGUUAAAGCUGGAUGGUGCAUUACAUCUUGUGGUAUUGUACUUUCUAUAACAUCAGACAACAACAAGGACCGGAAACUGUUAUUUUUGUCAUUAACUGACCAGCGUUAGCAUUGUAGCUAAGCAGUCAGCGGCUUCAUAGUAAUCAUGAUGGAUCCCGAUCAGCAACUGAGAAAUCUCAAGGAUUUCCUCCUAGUCUACAACCGCAUGACUGAAAUCUGCUUCCAGCGAUGCACCAGCAACUUUAACUACAGAAACCUCACCAUGGACGAGGAGCGCUGUGUGGACAGCUGUGCUGGGAAGCUUAUUCGCUCGAACCACCGGCUGAUGGGCACCUACGUGCAGCUAAUGCCCCGUAUGAUGCAGCGGCGAAUGGAUGAGAUUGAGAGCAAGGCUGCAGAAAAUGCCAAGGCAGCAGAGGCUGCUGCUUUAGCAUCUGUUGGGCCCGUUGCCACGGAGGCCUCGCCAGCGUCUGAAACCCCCAUUGCCCUAUCUCCACCCCUGCAAGCGCCUCCACUGACUGAUGUCUCACCAGAAGCCUUUGGCUCAGUAUUCAAGCCAGUAGGAUCAGAUAUUCCAGUUGGGUUUGAUGCUGUCAUGCCUGCAUCCACAGCAGCAACCGAAGUCAAAAUGUCAGCUGCUGCACCUUUCACACCUGCGACCGAAACAGUGAAUCUGUCAGUGCUUAAUGAAGCUGGCAGUGGACCCUCAUACACAGCAGGACUUUCUCAGUCAUUUGUAGCUGGUGCUCAAAUUGUGUCUGGGAACUCAGCACCGGCUUUUACGCCAUCUCUACCCACAUCCAUAUCAGUAGAUGUUCCUGUGGCAACUGUAGCUGCACCUGCAGUGUCUAUAUCCACAGAGAGUAGACCUCUGUCAGUCCUAGAGAAAGCCCCAGAGGUACCCCACCGUCAGGACGGUAAUGAUGCCCUUUGGGUUUGUGUCAGGAGGUCAAGCUGUUAGUGAUAUGUCCCAAAUUCCAACAUAUACCCAUCAGAACCAUAUCUGAUGAUAACAUUAUGAUCUGAUCUGAAAAAAGAAAAUACAAUGAAUAUCAGCAUAACACAUAAUAUAUGAUAAAUGUUUGUAUUUGAAUUGAAUUCUUCUCGUAUGUUUCUGGCUCAUGUGAAAAAUAUGAGCAUGUUCAGCUUUUGUUUCUGUGUUGUUGUUUUUUGCUUCACCAAAUUGGCAACUCUAAGGCCUCAAAUUAGAGUCUGUCCACUUCUGAUAGAAAUAAAAUAACUUUCAUGACGUUCCUUUUUCACUUAACAAAUUCAAUGCGUUCAUUAAUAAUCAUUUGUAUCUGUAGUCCAGUGCCCCGUGAUCUCCUCAUCAUUAGUUAUUAAUAUAUUAUAGUCAUUUCUGACUCAGUUUUAAAAAUACAAGAUUCAACAUGCAGACACUGAAAUUCUUGAUCGACUGAACAUGUUUUGUUUGGUAAAAAAAGCCAAAAACAGGUGUAUAUGAAGUCAUGUGUGGGUGAAAUGGAAGAUGCAAAGGAUUUUAGUGAUUGCAGUUUCUUACAGGUCAAAACUUUAUAAGCCUCUGAUUCUGAACAUUCAGGCGAGCUCAGGCAGAGGAACACUCAAACACACUGAUUACUGAUCAUUUUCUGUAGGGUGGCAAAAUAAAUGCAGAAAUUAGGUGAGCCAAAAUAAAAAAUGACAAUAUUCGUGCUUAAAGGUUCCUUUAUGUGAAUUCUACAUUGCAAACCUGUUGCAGUUGUUUGAAAACACAAUAGGGCCCUGGCCCUUUACUGCAGGAUGUAUUAACUAAGCCUUAGGUUGAGGUGUAUGCAACAUGCUCUAGUAGAUGCAAAUCCUUUAUAACUUCAUCUCCUCUUUCUCCUCUCAUCAUUUAAAUCUCUUUGCAACUAAGUACAUAUAUAUACAUAUAUGUACCACAUAACAGUUUUCCCCCAAUGGCGUAAUUCUUCAUCCACUAAGAUGAUGACGUGAUAUAUCAGACUAACCAACAUAAGUGACAGUAAAGGGUUGUAGAGUAAAUUAAGUAUUAUUCAAAUAAAAAUAUGUAUUACAAUGUUUAGUGUGGCACAUUUGAAAGGAAGCAUUUCAACAAUUUAUUUAAAUCAUUGAUGUACAGUCUUGAGGUUUGGUAUUUUACUGUUAUUAGCUGGCAAAGAAAGGUGUUUAUAUAAUUAGAGUAAAACCAGUUGUAAUCAAACACAAAGCAUGAUUGGAAGCAUAGACUAUUGUUGAUACAACCUAGUGGACCAAUGCAUAGCAAAACUAAAUUCUGUCAGAUGUUCUGAUUAUUUUGAAUGACAUCUUAGUUAUUAUGCUAUCAAUCACGGAUCUGCUUGUGAAGAAAACAAAGAAUACAAUUAGUUCUAUCAAUUUCCCUUAACCACAUCCCUGUCGUUGUGUCUUUGGUGGUGUUUCAAUUGUCCAUGCUUUUGAAAAGAAAUGAUGUCACCCAUUUAGGAACAAAAGCGUAAUGAUGCUACAUUAAAAAUAUGUUUAUACAA